AAAUAGCCGCGUCAUGGCCGGCGACGACCAGACCGAAGCCCCAGCGCCACUGACCUCGCCCUCGCUUUCCUCGCGUUAUCCCGACGGACCUCGCCGGCGAUGGCGGCGUGGCCCAACCCGUGGCUGCCACUCCUCCUCGUCGCCGCCCUGCUCGCCUUCGAGGACUGGCUCUCCACGCCCUCCUGCUCCGGCGGCUCGCCCGCCCCCGACCUCGCCGCCGGAGACCUCAGGGCGAUGAUGGUUGCGGACCUGAUGCUCCUCGGGUCCGACGCCACCUACGCCGACCGCUUCUUCCGGGACCACGUCACGUCCAAGCUAUUCACUAAAUCUAUUCAAACAACAAAUCCAGAUAUGAUCAUAGUCCUUGGGGACAUCUCAGCAAGGGGUUCAGAGCAUAACGAGAGCAAAUGGAUAGCUGUUCUUGAACAGUUUGAGGGGAUACUGGGGCAGUACUCUUCCCUUCCUCUUCAUAUCGUGUUAGGUGAUAAAGAUGUUGGCGGAUGUUCGAGUUUGGAUGGAAAAUUGGUGCACCGUAUGGCCAAGCAUUUGCCAGGAUUAGAUUCAAGUGGCUGUGGCGCUUUUGAGAUCAGUAAUACCAGUUUUGUGUCUCUAAAUGCGGUGGCACUGCUCUGUGGUGACAACAAGUUGCGGUUCAGUGUUGAGAAGGUGAUGGAGAAGGAAAGCCAUCAUUUCCAAAAGAAAAGGUUAAAUGGAGGAGAACAUUUUCCUUUGGGAAGUGAAAAUGGGCAAGGUGUCGGUGCCCACAGUUGGAGGCAAAACAGCAUGACACUGGGAUCAGGUCCUGUCCUUUUGCUCCACAUUCCACUACAUAAGUACCAAAAGUCUGACACAGGAGUCAUUGGUGUUCCCAUGUUUCCAGAUGGAACAGUCUCAGAUCAUCCAUCGGUUUCCCCGAGUUCAAAGCAAAGUGGAGUUGAUGGCAGGAGGAUAUAUGAUCGGUCGCAUACCCUCCCUGCAAAUUCAACACAGUAUAUUCUUCAAGCGCUUAAACCAAGGAUUAUAUUUAGUGCUCAUGCUGAUAGCUUCUCAGACCACACCCAUCCCGAUGGGACACGGGAAGUAACAGUACCAGCUAUGACGUGGAAGAAAGGAGGAAUGCCAGGUUUUGCCAUCGCCACAUUUGGACAAAAAGGUGUUGUAUCUGUCAACUGCUGUUGGCUAGUUCAGGAAUGGGACAUAAUGACGGGAUAUUCAGUAUUUUUGUUCUUGACAGCUCUUGCAAUAAGAUGGUCACACUGGAUAUGAAAUGGAAUUAUAUAAUCUAUUUCAAGGUACGAUUGGUGAUUUAUCUUACCUUGAAUGUGUUCUACAUCA